UCACACUGAUCAUUCAUUGGCAAAACUUCUCUCACGUGCUACUAGACCGCAGGUCGUUGCAGAUUAAACAAUCACGUGUAAAGGAGAAACAAAACAUACCGAGAACGUCUUUAUCUUAACAGGGGAUAAUUGUAGAAGUUGUGUGUGCUGUGUUAUGAUUUAUAAAAUUCUCAAUAAGGAGGAGAUAGGUGUGUUGAAGGAUGAGUUAGCGUUAGGACUACCCGGAACAGCUAAGAUCUAUUACGUAAUUCGGAACGCAUUGGAGGACAAUUUGGGCGGAUUUGAGCUAGUGGUAGACAACUGGCCGAAAUGGAACUGCGUCCUUCUGCGUCCGGAGUCCUCUGAUAAGGUUCUGAACUAUUUCAAACAGACCCAUAUUUGUCACACGAAAAGUGUCUCCGCCUUGAAGUAUUUUCUUCAGCGACCUGGUCUUAUCAAUUGGAACCAACCCAUAAACUUCACAGGCGUCCCAAGUGAUGUAAUACCUGUGUUAAGUGAAGUUUGCAAAAAGCAUGGCGGUCAAAUAACGUCCAAGGAGUCCCGAUUGAUGUACGCAUGGAGCAAACCAACGCCCCCAGAAAUGCCAAAAAUUCCUGAAGGAGUUCUUCUUUCAUCGCUGAAACCGGAACAUGCUAAGAUAUUAAAGAGUGAUUGGACAAAGCAGGGGAAUGCUGAUGAAUUGGAAGGCUACUUUAAAAGUGUCAUAGAAAAGUUUGAAAGCAGUUGUCUUCUGGAUAAUAAUGGUCGCAUUCUGGCCUACAUUUGUAUGCAGUACAACGGUUCAAUCGCUAUGAUUUAUGUUCUUCCUGAAUUUAGGAAAGAAGGAUAUUUCGACAUCCUCGUAAGUGACCUUACCAGAAAACUUCUAGCGAAAAAGGACAUCGCGUAUGGUUUUAUUCCUUUUACCGACACUUCUCUCAUAAAUCUCUCCCGAGAACUCGGAUUUGAGUGGGUUCCACAAGGCAACAUGACCUGGACAAGGUACACUCCCAACACUCUUCAGAAACAUCGACAAAAAUCUCCAUCAGAAUCAGCUAUUAGCGAAGUCUUUUCCGAGAACCUCGAUAUUCUUCUGAAAAACAAGCUUAGUUUACAGUUGGUCAAUAUAUAACGUGUAUAUGUACGUACAUGUCAAACUAAAACCAACAUAUCAUGGAUUGUUAAACUAUUUUUUGAUGUUUUGUUAUUUUAUAUAUUUAUUGGGAUUUUUUGUAGAUGAACAAGAAUGUUUUAGACCAAGCAUGAUAGAGAUCAUGCCCUGUCGUUCUCAUCAAUAUUGGGUUUGAUGCAAUCUUCUUUACUUCACGUGUAUCCAAAGAACAUCCAUACGUAUUUUUAUGUGUUUCAUUUCAAUAUAUCAGAAGCAAAGUAUUUUUGGUUGGGGUUGAAAGUAAACCGUUGCAAGUUCAUGAGAAACAACUUUAAAUCUGCGAAUUCAUGAAAUAUUUAUUUUUUACAUGUAAAACAAAUGAAAGUGUACAAUUUUCCAAAGUGCAUUAGUAAUUUAGAAUCCUGCUUUAAUCCGAUAGCAAUUUGUGAAAAUAUGACUUUUGAAAGCCUACUUUUAAACGCGUAUAAUACACAGGAACGGAGCUGUGACUGUUUUGUUGGGUUCCAUUAUGUAGAAGCGGUUUCAUUGUAUUUGUCCAUACCUUUCAUGUUCAUACUUUCAUGUUCUGUUGUUGUAUUGCACUUUGAGAAUUUGACUUUUUGGUCAGCUUCAAAGGUCACACGAGCCCCCAGAUUCAGUAAUAUAUGUAACCAAGUGCUUGGGAUCAUUUGUACUUGCAUGUGAUAUCGAGGCUAGUGAGAUACAAAUGUUCUUUGAUUUUUGUAGUAACUGAUAGCUACUGAUUUCAAGAGCUUGGUGGUGCCAGUGUUUUUGCGAUCGUUUUUUUUUCUUUUAAGUUUUUUUUAAACUGACACCAGGAAGGGUGGUGCUUCCGUGUCUUACUUUGUUAAAGUUUACAGAAUAAUUGAGGGAAUAAAUCAAAUUUAAAAUAUC